UCCUCACUGCUGCAGCCAGGCUGCAACUGCGGGGGGAUCCACCAAUACACCAGCUGCCUGGGCUGGUUGGUGGGUCAGGAGCUGCCCCAGGUGCUGAGGGGGGGCAGUUCCCUGGGUUCCCUGGCUGGUGAAGCCCCUCACAGAACCACCCUUGGACUGAGCUCUGGGGAGGGAUGGUACCAGGUGGGUGAGGGGGCUGCCUGGGGAGGGAGGAGUUCCUAUGGGGCAUGGUGAGGCUGGCCCAGCCCUCUCCCUGCCCAUAUAGGGCGGCAGCAGGAGGGGCUUGGGGAUUGGGCAGUCCCUCCGAAGGCGGACUGAGGGCGGAGGCGGUGGCAUGUUGGUCAGGCACAGCAGGAUCCGGUGUCCGCGCUGAGCCACACUCCCUGCUCCAGCAAGGACCAUGAGGGCGCUGGAGGGACCGGGCCUGCUGCGGCUGUGCCUGGUGUGGGCGCUGCCCGCCCUGCUGCUGGUGCUGGCCAUGUGUGGAGCGACAGAGGCACCCACUUACCCCUGGCGGGACACAGACACAGGGGAGUGGCUGGUGUGUGCCCAGUGCCCCCCAGGCACCUUCGUGCAGCAGCCCUGCCGCCGAGACAGCCCCACGACGUGUGGCCCGUGUCCUCCACGCCACUACACGCAGUUCUGGAACUACCUGGAGCGCUGCCGCUACUGCAACGUCCUCUGUGGGGAGCACGAGGAAGAGGCACGGCCUUGCCACGCCACCCACAACCGCGCCUGCCGCUGCCGCGCCGGCUUCUUCGCGCUCGCUGGUUUCUGCCUGGAGCAUGCGUCGUGUCCACCUGGUGCCGGCGUGAUGGCCCCGGGCACCCCCAGCCAGAACACGCAGUGCCAGCCGUGCCCCCCAGGCACCUUCUCAGCCAGCAGCUCCAGCUCAGAGCAGUGCCAGCCCCACCGUAACUGCACGGCCCUGGGCCUGGCCCUCAAUGUGCCAGGCUCUUCCUCCCACGAUGCCCUGUGCACCAGCUGCACUGCCUUCCCCCUCAGCACCAGGGCACCAGGAGCUGAGGAGUGCAAGCGUGCCGCCAUCGACUUCGUGGCUUUCCAGGAUAUCUCCAUCAAGAGGUUGCAGCGGCUGCUGCAGGCCCUUGAGGCCCCGGGGGGCUGGGGUCCAACACCAAGGGCGGGCCGCGCGGCCUUGCGGCUGAAGCUGCAUCAGCGGCUCACGGAGCUCCUGGAGGCGCCGGACGGGGCACUUCUGGUGCGGCUGCUGCAGGCACUGCGCAUGGCCAGGAUGCCCGGGCUGGAGCGGAGCGUCCGUGAGCGCUUCCUCCCUGGGCACUGAUCCCGGCCCCCUCUCCCCCCUUUAUUUAUUCUACAUCCUUGGCACCCCACUUGCACUAAAAGUGGCUUUUUUAAUAGAAGAAAUGAGGUUUCUUAAAGCUUAUUUUUAUAAAGCCUUUUCAUAAAA